AUGCCAACAGGGAUGCAAAUGGUUCCAAUGCUUCUUCCUGACGGCAGAGUUGGCUAUGUUCUAUGGCACCACCACAACGACCCACAAGAGUUGACCGGAAUAACAGCUCAAGCGGAGGGUCAGGGCGAGAGAGCAGCCAUGAUCAUGAUGGCAACCGAGGAGGCCGAAG